GAGGGGGCAGUGCUGGGCAUUCUGGGUUCAUUUUCCAAUUCUGCCACACUCUACGCCAGGGAUCCGGAGGGAGAUCAUCGGAGGACAGGAAGCCGAGCCGCACUCCAGACCCUACAUGGCUUUUGUGAAGAUAGAGACAGGAGAAAAUGAAGGAGGCAUGUGUGGAGGGUUCCUGAUUCGGGAGGAUGUGGUGGUAACGGCGGCUCAUUGUAACUGCAACCUGGGCAACAUCACUGUGCUGCUGGGGGCCCACAAUGUUGCCAUACAUGAACAGGGGAGGAAGGAGAUCCUUGUACAUCGUCGAAUCCUCCACCCAGAAUUUAAUGACGCCACGUUUGAAAAUGACAUCAUGCUGCUGCAGCUGAAGGACAAGGCCAAGCUGACCCAGGCAGUGGGCACCAUCUCCCUAUCCCAGCGAGAGGUGAAGAAGAAGGAUGAGUGCAGCAUGGCGGGUUGGGGCCUGAAUAGUUCUGAGGCAAAUGCCCAGCCCUCCCCGACGCUGCAGGAGGUGGAUAUCAAGGUAAUGGGCAAGGACGUCUGUCUGUCUCUGCCCUAUCUUAACUUCAACCCUGCCAAGAUGCUCUGCGUGGGGGACCCCCAGGAGAGCAAUGCGUCAUUUCGGGGCGACUCUGGGGGCCCCCUGGUCUGUCAUGGGAAGGUCAAGGGCAUUGUAUCCUAUGACAGUUCUGAUGGAUCUGCACCCACAGUGUUCACCAAGGUCUCCAAAUAUGUUCCCUGGAUCAAGAAAAUUCUGCAUUCGCUGAAGCCUUAGAGGGGAGUGUCCAUCUCUCCUACUAUGAGUGGAGAGUUAGCUGGGUAUUGCAGAGGGAUGGCUGGAUAGAUGAAUGGACAUGUAGCCAAUGAUUUUAGUUUAUUGUUCUUUCAUUGUGUGAUGUUAUGAUUAACUAAAAAGUUAUGUCAUAUAUAAUCUUUGUAUGCUGAUUAGAGCUAAACUGUAGGAUUACAGAAGUACAAGAUUGAGCAGUAGUUAGAAGAGAUAAUUAGGUAUCAGGUGUCUAAAUAAGGAGGGCUCAAAAGUCUACAGGCUGUAAGAUUUUAGCUUAGCCAUAUUAGGCCAUAGGCUUAACAAAUGUUUGACAUAAGUGACCGAAGAAUGAUUCUAUGUCACAAGAUUACAGGAAAAGACAGUAAGAGUAAUUCUUUUGCUUACAAGAUACCCGGUAGUCACAUUUUUCU